UGAAAUACAUAUUAAGCGGAAGAUGUACACAGUGGCAGUUUUCUGCUAGGCUGCUGUUUCGUUAGCUUUUUAUGUUGGUGAUUAAUUUAUUAUCCCGUGUAUUUUACACAUAUUACUUUAUUAUAAAUACUGCUGAGUUUUUUGAGGUGUGUUUCUGCGCUGAGUGAGCAGAUUUCAUCUUUGAACGGCCGUGUGCAGUAUGGCAGAUCCGUGCCGUGUGGAGGAACCUGCGGACAGAGUAGAAAGCUCAGAUCCUCCACAGCAGGAGAAACAGGAGGAGGGAGAAAGUUCAUCAACACAGAGAACGACAGAACAGAGCAGCAGCAUAAAGGAGGAAGACAAAGGGAUUUCGAUUAAAGAGGCUGCAGCCGGAGAGGACGAAGAAGAAGCCCACUCCAGCGGUCAUCAUCCUCCACCGUCCAAAAAGCUGAAGGUUGAGCCUGAGAAGAAGAAGGAGAAACGACACAAAGUGGAUGAGGAUGAGAUCCAGAAGAUGCAAGUUUUAGUCUCUUCGUUUUCGGAGGAGCAGCUGAACCGAUACGAGAUGUACAGACGCUCAGCGUUCCCUAAAGCAGCCAUCAAACGACUGAUCCAGUCCAUUACAGGAUCGUCCGUCUCUCAGAAUGUCGUCAUUGCCAUGUCUGGCAUCUCCAAGGUGUUCGUUGGAGAGAUCGUAGAAGAAGCGCUGGAUGUUUGUGAGAAGUGGGGCGACACUCCUCCUCUGCAGCCGAAGCACAUGAGGGAGGCGGUGAGGAGAUUAAAGAGCAGGGAGCAGAUCCCCAACACCAAAUACAAACGCAUCCUCUUCCACUGAGCUCCACACACACACGCUCUCACUCAAUGGACUGAAGACUGAAGAAGUUUAUCAAGAAAACAUACCAAACCUGGAUUUCACCAAUCAGUGAUAUUUCAGUAACGCUGGAUAACUUAAAGCCUGAGGUCCACCCCUCUAAGUGAGACGUGUUGGGUGUUUGAAGUUUGCUUAUUUAGUUUUAGCACAGGAGCUACCAGGCUAAUGUAGCUAACAGGCAAUGGAAGCUUAUACCCACCAGUUAACAUCAUGCUUAAAUCAUGUCUCUUGCGUCACACCAUGUCACCAUGACUGCAACACAAAUAUAGACAUUUUAUUUACUAUCCAGAACCACCAGUGAACCUACACGUGUCUUCUGAGUUUUAUAUGGACUGUUGAUAAUGGGGAAAAUAGCUGAAAAUCUGAAAUAAAGAAAACUUUGGGGACUAUUUUGCUUCAUAGCACCUUGCAUGUUAUGUAUCCCUCCACCACGAAUAGAUUUUAAGGCCAAAAUCUUCUCAAAACUAUUGUAAAAUAACGUCUGUCAUCAGGCAGUGUAUUCAUAACCAUUUCAUGUAGGGAGCUUUUAGAGGUGGACGUCUGGUCCCCAUCACCACCACUGAUUAGAAUGGAAAACCACUCGGAAUAGCUCUAUCUACAUCUUAACCAUUAAAUUAUGCUAGAAUUUAGAAAAUUGGUGGAGUUCCCCUUUAAGAAGUGCUGACAUCAAUCAUGUCCUUAAGGUGUGUAAACUUAGACAGGCAGUCUGUUGUAGAUCACAGAACAAGCAUGAUUAUUGGCUCGCUGAUGCUGGUUGGCUAAUUUAAAUAUUGAAAUUUUUUAAUAAUCACAUAUUGAAGUAAUAUUUCGGCACUCCGUCCUAAAAAUCACGUUAGCACAAUGCUAAGUGGUGGGCUAUAAGCUUCCAUUACCUGUUAGCAAUAUUAGCUCCGUAGCUUCAGCGAUAAAACUACAGAAGCAAACUUCAGGCACCAAACAUGUCUAAGCUGAUUGACUACAUUUGGAGUGAGGAGGAACUUUUGCUUGUUGAACUAUCACUUUAAACUUAAAGUGAGGGUUAUCCAGUAUGUGGCUAUUUGAGAAAUAUAUAAACACAGGUGGGCGGGUCGGAAUGUCGGGAAUGAAACAGCUCCUGCAUUUGUUCUCUGUGAGAUCUGUAAUAGAGGGAACGGAUUAGAGGCCCGUUCAGCCCUAGAAAGUCUCAUGUUCUCUCUCAGAGGAUCACAGGCUGCUUACAGGAAGAUUUGUGUUAAAGCGUCUAUUAUUUAUGCUGUUUUUUCCUGGCGGUUUAGCUGUGUGCCCACUGUAAAUACUCCUCAAGACUCAAACUUUUGUUUACACCUAAUUAUUAUAGUUUAGACGGCAAGGAAAUAAUGUGUGCUUAUAAAAUGGUUGUGUCCUUGCUUUCUUAUGUAAAGAAGAAAAAUGUUCAUAUAGCUCAGGCAGACGCGCGAGUUUAAAAAGCCCAUAAUUUACGUUUUUAUCUGUAUAAUUAAGCACAUUUUCCAAAAUUAAAAUGAUUU